UCACGAAAAGAAGAAGAAAGGAGGCGUUGCAUUCAUAUGAGCAGCAUAGCGUUUGGCAGAUAAUCACGAAGACUUUGCUGGGGACAAAAAAAAAUAUCCGACGCCACUCGCUAACAUGUCCCUGUCCGGCUGGAUAUGUGUGGUCACAGGUGCAUCCAGAGGCAUUGGUAAAGGAAUCGCGCUGCAGCUUUCUGAGGCAGGCGCCACCGUCUACAUCACCGGACGUCAGGAGAAGACUCUUAAAGAAACCGCGACGCAGAUAAGCGAGAGAGGUGGAAAAUGUGUGCCAGUCAUCUGUGAUUCGACCAACGAUGGCGACAUCGAGAAACUGUUUGAACGCAUAAAACUAGAACAGAGUGGUAAACUGGAUCUGCUGGUCAACAAUGCAUACGCUGGAGUACAGGCUAUCUUUGAGAACCAUGGGAAAAAGUUCUGGGAGACCGAUCCAUCUUUUUGGGAUACCAUCAACAACACAGGCCUGAGAAGCCAUUAUAUCUGCUCAGUGUAUGCGUCCCGAAUGAUGGUGGCUCGAGGUCAGGGUUUGAUCAUCAACAUUUCAUCCAUGGGAGGCUUGCGAUAUCUCUUCAAUGUGCCAUAUGGGGUUGGGAAAGCGGCAUGUGACCGAAUGGCAGUAGACAUGGCUAUGGAGCUUCGAAGCAGGGGCGUAGCAUCUGUCUCUCUGUGGCCGGGACCGGUGAAGACGGAGCUAAUAUCUCAGUUCGUGCUUGCACCGCAGGAAGUAGAUUCCAAGUAUAAGGAUUUAUUUACCAAUGGAGAAACUACUGAAUUUAGCGGCCUGUGCAUUGUCAACCUCGCUAAAGAUAAAAACCUGAUGUCAUUGAGCGGAAAAAUUCUCUUGACCUGUGACCUGGCGAGGCGUUAUGGGAUCCAAGAUGUUGACGGGCGGGCCAUAGAAGACUUCACCUCCCUGAAGUUCCUGCUGACCCAAGUCCCAUAUAUCUCCUGGCUCUCAUCUUUUGUCCCUUCUUUCAUAAGAAUGCCACGCUUUCUGCUUCCCUUAGCAAGCAACCAUUUCUAACCACAAGAAGAUGUGGCAUUGAAAACCUCUUUGUGACUACUUUUUAAUCCAAUCACCACAAGUGUCUGUUUAAAUGAAAGACUCCGCGAAGUUUGAAUGGCUACUAUAGUGAAACCUUUAAAUUUGAAUUCAGUCCUUGUCGGGAACGCUGGUCAAUCUCUAAUUUUUUCAUAUGUUUAAACAAUUCUUCCUCGAGGAAAUUAUGGAAUGGGAUUCCAUCUGUUCAAGGGUCAAACAUUUGUUAAAUACAGUAGAGUUGUGGGCUGUGCACUUGGUACCUGGACCUUCAGCGUGGACUUGACUGACUUAAUCCAACUCUUAAUACCACCACUCAUCAAUAUGAUAGAAACCACCACUACGAUACAGAAACGCAACUGUGCCACACACAGCACAUCCUCUAGAAUCAAUAUUUAUCUGAUAACAUGACAAAAAAAAUUAAUAAAACAACCACCACCAUCAUCAUACUCAGCAGAGUGUCCAGUUUGCUGCAGAUGGUUUGAUAGUUGAACAAGUUUUACUCUGACCAUCCAAUCAGAGGAUGGGAAAAAUGCUGAUGUUGUUGUGAGUCAGCUAGGUGACCCUGUAAGGUGAAUUUGAAAUCUGAUUGGUUAGAGAAACAGUCUCAUUGCUAAAUAGAGUUUCUAUUAACUUGGCCAGCAAUACUGAUCCUAAAGGCCCUAGGCAGAUUCGAUCGACGUUGUUGCAUAAAUAGGCUGAAAUCAGAUUUGGAUCACAAAAACUAACCAUCGUACAGUCAAACAUGCAUCCUGGAAGCAGUACAGUCAAGAUGCAAUGAAAUAAUGAGAAUGGAAUGAUUGGAGUAUGAGGGGGAAAAAAAACAAUGGAACAAAUCUUAGAAUUUAGUUUGUAAAUGUAGGUCAGUGCUUUUGAUAGUGUUUAGGCCCACAGAGAAGGCUUUGCUGGCCCGAAGGCACACCACUGGUUGAAUAGUUUAACCUUAAAACAAGUUUAAAAAAUAAAUAAAAUAAAGUUUUGGAUUUUUGUGCAACUUUAGAGGCAGCUUUUUGGUUGGACUCUGGUGAAUCGAAUUUAGAGGUUCCACUAUUUAUUAUAAUUAUACUAUUUUAGUUGUAAGAAUGUAAAAUUGUAUUUGAGAUAUAUAUAUAUAUAUAUGAACCUGCAUUGUCUGAUUUGAUGUGGAUGCAGCUGAGGUGUAUUUUUGAUAAAAUGUUAAAGCAUAUUUGUAUUAUUGUGUAAUAAGUGUUGCUUCUAUACAGUCCAGUAUGCUACCAAUGUAUCUUGAUAAAUAAAGAAUGGGGGAAGGUA